UAGAUUCGGAAAUGCAUCGAGCAUGCUCUCAGCUCUCGUUCACGCCAUCUUUCAUUCUCAAUGGCGGGGAACUGUAGGUGACGAAUUCAGGCAAUCCAUCGCAAUCUGGUAUCCGAGAGAAACAUCGCGGCCAAAUGGAUAGUGAAUACAGUGUAAUGGUGAGCAAUAAGUUUGCUGGUCUUCUUAUGGAUGAAGAAGACCAAGCAGAAAUGGACAUAUUGAUUGUUUCGAGCGAAAAGUCAAAAGACGAAGUGUAUGGGAAGGAUUCGAAGAAGAAACAAAUCGUGGACAAAAAGCUAGCAAAAUCUGGUACAAAAGAUGCAGUGUCGAGAAAGGAAAAUAUAAAUAGUGAAAACAAGAAAGAUAAUCGUAAAGAGAAACUAGAUGACAGACGUGCAACAAGACGUGAUGAUACCAAACGUGAAAAUGAAAAAAACACAAGAAUAAUGAACGACCCUUCGAUUUCUAAUGAAAAAAAGAACUUUGAUAAACCUCGCGGUGGUAGGAGAAGGGAGAAUGAAUCCACUGAUAUUGACAACAACAAUCGAGAUGAGAAAAAGUUUGAUUCAGGUGAAAGAAGAUCUGGUGCCUUUGGGAGUAGAGAGAACAGAGGUGAUAGAGUGGGAGGAUUCAGAGAUGAGGAUCGUGGGGGUGGACGAGGUCGUGGUGGUAGAGGACGUGGGGGAUUUGGUCGUGGCAGAGGAAGAAGAGAAUUUGAUCGACAUAGUGGAAGUGAUAGAACAAGUGUUAAACCAGAAGAGAAAAGAGAUGGUGGUGGACAAUACAAUUGGGGAAAGACUACUGAUUUAAGUGAUUCUGAAAAUAAUCCUGGGGAAGAAUCUGGUGAUUGGUCAAAUGAAACUCCAGCACCCGUUGAACCAACUGCUGAUGAACCCAAGGUGGACCAACCAAAUGAAGAAGAAAAGAUAUCUGAUGAUGAAACCAAAGAGCAAGAAGUACAAGAAAUGUCUUAUCAAGAGUGGAAAGAGCGACAGGAACAAGGAAAGGAACACAUGAAGUAUAAAUUAGAACAUACUGAGAGAAAGGCAGGCGAAGGAGAGAACAAGUCCCAAUGGAAGAAUACUAAAGUUUUCUCCCGUAAUGAAGAUGUUGAUCCUUUAUAUACUGAGCGCAGGGAAUACGAAGAAAAAAUCAAAACAUCAGGUCGAGUGAAACAGACUCUUGAAAUUGACUUCAAAUUUGCACCUGGUGAGAAAUUUCAAGAAUCUCGUGGAGGUCGCAGGGGUCGAGGUGGACCUCGAGGUGGUCGUGGUGGUGAGCGACGAGGUGGUAGCAGUGGUGGUUCAAUGGAUCGAGGCGAAAGACGUGGUGGUGGAGGAUUUGGAAGACCUGGAGGAAAUCGAGGCGGUUUUAGUGACAGACGCGGUGGCGGACGCAGCAGUUUUGGAGAAAACGACGUGGAAGCCAACAGAGGGCUUAAGUUUGACACAGAAGAUUUCCCAACUUUGGGUUAAACAUUUGGUUACAAUCUUCCUUAUUCCACGAGAAAUAAGCUCCUGUUUUGGUAUCAUUGACUUAUGCAUUUACUGUUGUUUUUUGUGUGGUCAACCUUCCUUUGUGGUAAAAUUAUUUUUUUGUGAACUGGGAGAUUUUCUGGACUUAUAUAUUCCAGUUCACGUAAGGAAUCGAGUUGACUAUUUUGUAACUGUGACAAUGUACGCAUACGUGACGUUCGUAGUGUGUGUGCUAAUUGAUAAUAUAUGCGUUAUGCUCAAACGUUCAUAGUAUUGUCUAGUUCACUUUUAAUAGUACUCAUGACUUUUGAUUUAUUGUAAUGUUUAUUGAAACAAACACAAUGUCUAUGAACAUGUGAUAAUGCAA